CGAGAUUUUUAUUUUGUUUUUGGGGAGCAGAAUGGCGAAGGUUGCAGCUCUCUCCAGUAUGAUACUCUUUGACUAUGUACAACUUUCAGUUACUCAGUCGCUUCAAAAUUGUUAUAAUCAAAAUUAUUUUAUAGUUCACCCAAAACAAUUUAAAAAAGGAUUAAAAAAAUUAAGUUUUUGUGAAAAAAAUUGACAGUGAAAAAAAUUAUUUAAAACUUUAGUGCCUUCUUCAAGAUUUCAUAAUAAACAGAUUUGUGAAAAAAAUAAAAAAAAUAAAAUUGUUAUUGUGAAGCAUAUGAGAAUUAUUGAACAUAUUAUGAUGAGAGAUUUUCAAAUGCUCUGGCAUUGCUGCUGUUACUGUUGCCCACUUUGCAAUUCAUAGUGAGCUUCAUAGUUUGAGUGAAAAAUAAAGGAAGAAGGUUUUAUGUCAUAAUAAAUUACCUCACACCAUCCUGAUAUGUAUAAUAGCUCAACACUUACAUCGAAUCAUCCCUAUCGUAGUGUCUAUAUGUAUAUAUGUGCAUAACAACAUUCAGUAGCAUAUACACACAACGGAGUUAAGCUACUGCACAUUGGAGACGACGUCAAAAAAUGAUUAAAAAAUAAAUGAAAAAAAAAAUUCAAUAUAUUUGGUGUAAAAUUUCCCAAGCAGCAGCAACAGCAACAGCAGAAAAAAAAAGCUCUUGAAGCGAAGUACACAAGCCAGCAACAAACAAAAUAGAUUGCAUUCGAGGCGUCUUAGUGUCGCUAUCCAACGAUAUGACACAUUCUUGCUAAAGUGAAACAGGACAACUAGUCAAGUGAAAUAGCAAUAGCUAGUUGAAGGUUCUUUGCUCAUAAAAAAAAGAGAAGAAGAAAAAAAAAUUAAAAAAUACGAAAAAAAGUAUAUAAAAAAAACUACACAAAGAACCCGGAGAGCUUUCGGACUUGCAGCCAACAACACACAAAAAAAAGUUGUGCAUGAAAAAGAAAAAAUCUUCCGAAACUUCGGUUUUUUAAGAGUGGGUGGUAGAAGAAGAAAAUACAUAAAAAAAAAAUUCGAAGCAACAGCAACAACAACAACAAAAGAUAUCAGUGAUCCAAAAAGACGGAAGAAGUGUGUAUACAUGGACAGAAGAGAGCACAUAACAAUAUUUUUUUUGUGGAGCUUUUUUUUUCGUCCUUCGAUGCACAUCACGAAAAAAAUAAGCUCACCACCACACAAGUGCUUGCAUAUAGAGCAUUGUGAGUAAAUAGUGGACGGUAGGAUGAGACACGAGAGAUACUUUUAAAAAAAUUAGUGCAUUUAUAUUAUAUAUAUGCUGUUGAAUGUGAAAAAAGAAGCAGAGUUGCCAGAAAGAACAAUUUUUUUUAAGCGAAUAUUAUUUAAUAGAGAACUCCUUUUUCCCUUCAAAUUGAGAAAAAGCAGCAUAAAAAAAAACUUUUUUUUUUCGUCGGGAUUUUUCUAUGCUCAGUGUUCAUACUUUUUUUUUUAUUUCGGUGUUCGUUGAAGCAGAGUUUCCGUUAAAAUAUAAAAUAAAAAAAAAAAUUCGGGAGUUGAAUGUGAAGUACACUUGUAGAUUGACUGUCCAAUUUAGUGGAAGAAAGUAUUGAGAGCUGUUCUGAUCAGAGACAUAAAAAAAAUAAAGUUAAAAACAGUUGAUUUUCAAUAGAAAUAGAGUUAAAGACAAACAAUUCUUGUGAAGUCACUAGUGUCGAUGUCUAUAAGUUGAACUACAUUAUAUACACAUUUAUUGGUGAAGAGAAAAGGGAAAAUUAAAUAAACGAAUAAACAGUGAAUGUAAUCAAAUGUAUUUAUCAUCAUCAAUGCCAAUGUUUCUGCAAUUACUUGUUGCAUCGCACGAUCCUGUUUACAGGAACUGUUUAUGUGAAUUUAAAAACGAUUUGAAUUUAAUGAAAUUAGACAAUUUUAAUCGUGUUGUUGAUGAAAAAUUUAAUUUAAAGACAAUUGAAAGUUUUGAUUUUAUGCUUUUGGACACUAAAAAAUGGCGGAUUGUUCUUAUUUUCGUUGUGUACAAGAGCGACGAUUUGUAAAGCGUGAACUUCAAAGGUGGUACAAGAAUAUGGUUUAUAUUGUCGGAUUAGAAAGAGUAGCUGAGGAAUUGAUGGGACGAAGAAAAUGGAAGCAGUAUCAAGAAUCUUUAGCACAAUCACAUGCAGAUUUACUUACGAAACAAUCGCCUUCAAUUGAACAACAAGAAACCAGUAAUAAGCAUCAGCAGCAGCAAAAUAGUGAAAAUAAUAAAACUGGAAUUAAAACGGAAACACUAGAUAUAAAGGAAGAGAAUAAAUUGAUGACUACAGAAGACGUUAGCGAAAAAUUAGAUAAUAAAACAGAAAUAAAAGCGGAAGAUAAAGAGAAUCAAGAGAAAGAAGUAGAAAUUGAAUCAAAGGAACAAAUUCAAAUAAAAAGUGAAUCAUCGUUGACUGAAGAAGUAGGAGAUUUAAAAUCAGAAAAAGUACGACCUGAACCAGUCGAUUGGAAGCCACAAGAUAAGUGUUACUUUUGUGUCGACGGCAAACUAUUAAAAGUGAACGAAAUAGGCGAAUUAGUCGUUGAGACAGGUCCGGUGCAACCGGAAGCUGAGCUCAACAAGCAUAUUAUUGAAUCGGAAGAUUCGAGCUCUAGUUCUGAUACAAUUCAGAAAAACAAUAAUUAUUCGUCACAUCAACAAUCACAGUAUACAGCAUCACCGUUAGUACAGAAAAAUUUGGAAGCACUGCUAAAGACAAUUGGCUUGAAUCCAAAUAUGACUUCUUUGGAAUCAGUUGCUGCACAACUUGCAGCCUUUCAACGACUACAAACACCCGAACUCAAUCAGCUAAGCCAAUUGAAUCCAUUUUAUCAGAACUUAUUUUAUCAAUUUCCACAAGUAUCACCAACAACAACACCUGAUCGUACGUUAAGUCCGUCAGUGAAGACACCGACAAGCAUCGAGGUUCCAUCACCAUCUCCAACACAUCAUUCGGGGGAUGUUCCAUUGGACCUUAGUGCAAAACCUAGUGGCUCAUCGACAACACCAACAACCCCAAUUGACUCAAGAAACAUAUUCAGAGCAAAGCCACGAAUAUCGACAAUACCAGGACGUCGAACGUAUACGGAAGAAGAGCUUAACAAUGCAUUACAAGAUAUACUUAGCGGUAAGUUGGGAACGAGACGUGCCGCUCAAACCUAUGGAAUUCCACGAUCGACACUACGUAAUAAAGUCUACAAGCUUGCAAUCGAACAGAAACGUGAAUUAUUAGCUAAUCAUCCACCAAUUGCAGUUCUUGAGGACGAAGAUGAAAAAGAUUCGGAACCAGAAAAUGAGAAAGACUCAAUGAAUAAAUUGGGUAAUUCAAAUGAGCAACUACAAAAUUAUUUGAAGAUGCUUGCAAAAAAUUCUGAGCCUAUGAAGCAAGAACAUAAGGAGACGGCAUCACACAAUAAUCCAAUGGGUGGACCAUCAUCAUGGCCAAUAGAUCCAGCGGCGUGGAUUCAAGGUUUAAUGAUUGCUAAUGGACUUCAUGGUCUUCAAGGACUGGCUGGUUUUCCGGGAUUACUGCAACAAUCAUCUUCGUCAACAUCGUCGUCAUCACCAAAAGAAGAACUUCCAGAAUUUCUUAGGAAACUUUUAACACAACCACAAGACAUGAAACAUCAUGAUAAGAUGGAUGGUCGUAGUGGAAGUAAUGGCAUGCAAAAUUCCAUAGAUCCAAUUCUUAUGAUGAACUUACUACAGCAACAGCAAAAUAAACACAAGUCACGAUCAUCAAAUACCCCUGAGAUGGAUAUGAAUGACGGUAGUGAUGAUUCAAGCACUAUUCUCAAAAUUCCGUCCAUUCCAAAAACAAUGUUCAAUUCUGGCGUUCCAUCGUCAGCAUCGUCAACGCAAAGUAAGAAUGGUGACAUAACGCCUUCCACAUCACCGCAAAUUUCAGGACUUUCAAUAAGUCCACAGCUUCAUGUUGGUGGAUCAACUGGUCAACAAACGCCAACGUUAGCAAAUCGUUUAGCUAUUCCAUCACCAUCACUCAUGCGCCAAAGAAGUGAAUCCGAAUCAUCGCAACCGACGGCAAAAUUCAAUUUGCAUGAUGUCAUACGUGAGAGUAUUAGUAAAAACUUUCAAACAAAUCUCCUUGAUGAUCAUAAACAUUCCAUGCCACCGUUGACUAUUGACACAAUGGAUGCAUAUCAGAAGAGACCAACGAUAUCAGUUAUUAGGAAUCUUGGUGGAACUGAUAUAUCAAAAUUUGGUACAAAUCCAAAUAUUAAUCAACUUCAACAGCAACAAUUGUCACCAAAUACAGGAACGGGUGGUAAAGGUACGCGACCAAAGCGUGGAAAAUAUCGUAAUUAUGAUCGUGAUAGUUUAGUUGAGGCAGUGAAGGCUGUACAAAGGGGUGAGAUGUCAGUGCAUCGUGCUGGAAGUUAUUAUGGUGUUCCACAUUCCACAUUAGAAUAUAAAGUAAAGGAGCGACAUUUGAUGAGACCAAGAAAACGAGAACCGAAACCACAGCCACUUGAUUCGUCAACUUCCUCAUCAUCAGCGACGACGUCAGCGAUAAAAAGACAGGAAAUACAAGCGAUUGAUAAGAGUAAAGCAUUACCGAAUGCAAAACCGCCAUUAAAGCCACCAUAUGGAACAAAUCCAAAUGGCAUAAAAAUUCCACCAUUUAUUGAUCAUGCAUCAAUGGCAGCGCAAUUACAGCUUCAAUCACAGCUCUUAUGGCCACAUCCGAGUGCAUUUUCAGGCUUGAGUGCUUUAGAUUUUGCACGAUCGUCUGUUCAAAAUAGCUCGUCGCCGUUUCCACAAAAUACUGAGAACUUUUUCGCCCAACAAAUGUUGCAAAAAUUUCAAGAAGAACAACAACAACAACAGCAACAGCAGCAGCAGCAACAACAGUUUAAAUCCCCUGUGAAUGGUAAUCAAAAUUCCAACAAUGGUAACAAGCCCAGUGUAAGAGAUUUAGAGAGUUUAUAUAAUCCCGUAAGUACAAAUGGUUCAUUUCUUGAUGGCAUCAUACGUUCGACAUUAGAUAAAAAGCCCAAUGAACUAACACAUAGUACAUUAUUUGAGCAUUUGCUUAAGAAAAGUUCAAUGCCCAAUUCUGGUCCAUCCGAUGAUGACGAGUACUCAUCACAACAAGUAACAAACAAUAAAAGACCUGGUAGUCCGAUAAAUUAUGCGCACCACGAUAUUAAAAGGGAGCGAACUAGUCCGUCUCCGAAUGAUGAUAAUGAUGUUGAUUCCGAUUAUGCAAUGCAUGAGCAUCAGCAGCAAACCUCAAAACUACAUGAUAAUUUGACGAUAAAAGAGGAGCUUAAUGGCUCAAUCAAUAACUCCGAUGACGUUAAUUCAUAAUUGAUAGCCAAAUUAAAUAAUUUUAUUCAUGUAUAGUCAUGAAUGAUCACUCAAAAAAAAACAAGAAUAAGAAUAAUAAGAUUAAAAAUGAUUAAUGGAAAGAAACAAAACACAAAUACAUAUACAGAAUUACACACACAUACACACACACAUUUUUAAGUCAUAAAAAAUGAUAAAGUAAAUUAAGUAAGUCAUCAGAGAAAAAUUGAUGAACAAAAAAAAAAAUAUUGAAGAAUGAAAUGUAUACGUAGCUAAGGAAGAACUUUUAUCAAUUUAUAUAGCAUUUUGUGUCGCAAUCUUUAUUUUUUUGAAAUGAUAUAAAAUGAUGAAAAGAUUGACGAUUCAUUGUUUUAUAAUUAAUUUAACUAAUAAUAAUUAUUAUAUAUAUAUUUUUGGUUAAAUUUUAGGAAAAUUUUUCCCCAAUGCUCCCCCAAAAAAAAAAUAUGAAGAUGAAAAUUUAAUAAUAAAAAAAAAACAUUAUUAUGCUUAUUAAUUAAGUAUAAUAGAAAUUUUCCCCUAGUAUCCUCAAAAUAACUGAAAUUAAAUUAUUCACUAUGACAUAUCGUCAUCAUGUCACAUGAAAUCACUAUCUAAUGUGUGAAUAAUUAUAUUUCAAAAAUUAAAACAAAAACAAGAGAGAAAGUUUUGCGAGAAAAAAUAAAACAAACAACUACAUAUGAGAAAAAUAAUCAAAUAAUGAGAAAAUAUUGUUGUAAUAUUUUUCAUCAUAGAUUUAAUUUGACAAUCGACAGUGAAUAACACAAAGGCUUUUUUCAAAGAAUCAUAAAAACAUGAAAAAAAACUGGACAGAAAAAAAAACAUUUAAUAGAAAUUCUAUUAAAGCAGGAACUUAUGUACAUCAAUCAUUUCCAUUCAUUUUUAAAAAACAUUUAUAACUUACAAAUGGAAGCUUUUGAAGGAUUAAAUUGAUUUUUUAAGCAACUCUUGCAUUUCUAUCCUUUAUUUUUUAAGUUCGAAAAUAUUUCAAUCAAAAACCAAAUUCGAAAAAACAAAUUCAGAAAUUUUACUUAUCAAGUUCAAAACUUUUAUUUUCGAAAACAAGUUCAAAACUUUUAUUUUCGAAAAAUAAGUUCGAAUAACCAAUCCCGAAAAUCAAUUUCAAAAUAUUCACUAUCAAAAAUCAAGUUCGAAAAUUUCCUUGCGAAAAUCAAGUUCGAAAAUUUUACUUUCAAAACCAUGAACUUAUUCAAUUUAAAAAGUAUUAAAUACUGCAUUUUGAGAAUAUAAAGCCACAAGAAAAAUCAAUUUAAUCCUUCAACCAUUCUAAAACAACACAAUCUAAAUCCAAUAACAUUCUCAGAAAUAUUUUUCAGCUAAAAUUUUCCCAAAAAAAGUUAAGAAAAAUAAAAGAUACAGCAUUGAUUCACCUCGAAAAAUUAAACAACAAAUAAUUUUUCC